UCAACUCACACGCAUAAACAACACACAUAAAAGCCCCACGGCCCACACAUGCAGCUCCAUCCAAACCCCCCAAAUCCCAAAUCCAUACAUCAAAACCUAAUUUUCACAUCAAUUUUCCCUCCAAAACCCAACCGCUACGAUGACACGAUUUGUCGUCGUUUCGUCUCUGCUCCUCCUCGCAAUCAGCCACCUAGCCCACAGCCGCUCGAUCGCCGAUGACCGGAGCUCCGUCUCCGACAUCGACGGCGACGGCGGCAAGUUUCUGCAGUGGGCGCCUCUUUCGGCCGCCACGGUGACGUGCGAGCCGGUGUACGGAUUCCUGCCAUGCUCCACCAAUGGUUGGGGAUUGCUGUUCAUGAUCGUCGUGUACAAUAUUUUGCUGUCGAUCGGAGGGAGCUACGUCGCCGCUGGGUCGAACCUGUGGCUGCAGAUCAUCGGGCCGGGCGUCGUCGGCGGCAGCGUGUUUCAGUUCCUCGGCACGAUUCCGCAGCUCGUUAUGAUGCUUUUACCAAUACUUACGAGUACCACGGAAGAGGCUCAAGCACGGGUGACAUCUGGAAUGGGGAUGGUGCUUGGAGGAGUAGCUAUCCUUCUCACAUUGAUAUGGGGCCUUACCGUCGUGCUCGGAAGUUCCGAUCCGGCUGACGAUGCUGGAAUCGAUACUUCCGAACCUGAAACUGCCACAGCCGGCUCUAGUAUCACUACAGACGUUGAAACGAGCUGGACGGCCAGGCUGGUGUUGGUAGCUUCGGUGCCAUAUCUUAUCCUUGAGCUUCAAAAUGCUAUCACCUCGUCGUCGGUGAAAAAAGUCUUCAUUCUUAUCGCUCUCAUUAUCACGGUUGCUUUGCUCUUUGGUUACAUUUUGUUUCAGUCGUUCCAGCCGUGGAUACAAAACAGACAUUUCGAGUUUAUGGUAGACAAAUAUGCAAAGGAUAAGCUACUGACACUUUUAACAACAAAUGGCAAGCCCAGUAUUGUGAAGAUACAAAGGUUGUUCAACAAAAUUGGUAAGGACAACACUACAUUAGUAACACCAGCAGAAAUCAGAGUCUUGGUCUUAGGAGUAAAGAUGGACGACGACGACAUCAGCACAAACCUUGUUUUGGACGAAAUCGAAACAUAUUUUGACACCACCGGUGAUGGAGGUAUCAGCCAGGAAGAGUUCGUAACGGGCAUGACCAAAUUGGCUCUAACCCUUUUAGAUCAGACUCCAUCACAGAUAGCAACAUCGGGACAGAUAACCAGUCCGGAGCAGGAAGCGCUGUUAGGUAGAAUCACGAGCACGAGCCGAGCAGCCAGCACUUCUUGGUCAAUUUACAUCAGAGCAACUUUAUCCUUGGCAUUUGGAAUAGCAAUCGCGUGCACCCUUUCACAGCCAUUGACGAAGUCAAUCACGGAGUUCGCCACAGCAGCGAACGUGUCAUCCUUCUGGGUUUCGUAUUUGGUUCUUCCUCUCGCUCUCAACUAUAACACUAUCCUCCAAACAAUUACUUCGGCCUCACAGAAGUCGCAGAAGACCAACUCGUUGAUGCUGUCUUCGCUAUAUUCUGGUGUGUUCAUGGGCAAUAUUAUCGGUUUGCUUCCAUUCCUCGUGCCGGUAUACUUCCGCGACUUGUCAUCAGAUGUCACGGCAGAGCUUCACCUGGUUCUGUUGAUAUGCCUCGUCAUGGGCGGAUUCACUAGCUUCAACACCACGUUUCCACGCUGGACGGGCUAUGUAGCACUAAUUCUAUACCCGAUUUCUCUAGGGACUGUCUACGUUAUCACCUCUAUUCAGUCUUAAAUUCCCAAUAUGUUAUCAAAUAUCACUCUAUAGCAAUUCAUUUGGUGUGAAUUUUCAAGAAAGUGUAAGCAAUCAUCUCUGUAAUUUCUUUUGUUUAAUAGUACACUAUAAUCUAAAUAUUCACUAGUAAGCACCUA